UCGAAACACAAGGAAUUACUCUCUUACUCUAACCCCUCACUCUUAUCUCUCUCUCUCUCUCUCUCAUUCCAUAAAAAGAAAAAAAAAAAUUAUCAUUUUGUCCGAAUUCCGAAAGCCACUACUACUACAUGAGACAUGGAUGGUUUUUAUGCAAGCAGUGUUCACAUGUGGUGUCCUUGGAGGACAAUAAUAACAGAUGAACAAGAACACGACAUUAUGGUCUCAGCUCUCAAGCACGUUAUCACUGGCGGCAUUCAUGGUCUCACCCCACAACACCAUCAACUACUACAGCAACAGCCAGUCCCGACUAGUGCUGCCACUUUCUCAUUGCCAUCAACUAGCAAGAGGAGCUCGAAGAAGAAGAAGGAGAAGAAUGAUAAUGAGAAGAGAUACAGGGGAGUGAGGCAGAGGCCUUGGGGGAAAUGGGCGUCUGAGAUUCGAGACCCAAGUGAAGCGAAGCGCAAGUGGCUAGGCACGUUCCAGACGGCGGAGGAGGCUGCCCGGGCUUACGAUAAGGCUGCCAUCAAGUUCCGUGGACCCAGAGCCAAGCUUAAUUUCCCUUUCUCAGACUAUGGGGAAAAGCCAAGCGACGUAGAAGAAGACCAGGUUGCUGAACAAGACCACAAUCUCGAAGUUAAUCCAAAUGUUAAUGCGGAGACAAUGACAGAGAGCGAGGCACAGACUGUGGAAGUGGCAAAUAGCAAUGAUGAAGAGAAUGAGUUUUUGGAUUGGCUUACGCUGGAAGAACUGGAAGGGUUGUUGAAGGAUUGGCCUGACAAUCUCAAUGACCCUACCAAUGACCCCACUCAGUAAAAUGGUUUACCAAUGUAGGACUUACGGGCCGCACAUUGAUAAAACCUUAGAUUAUAUUAUGGUAGAAAUAGAGCAUCGAAUAAGGGAAAAGGAUGCUCUUUGUAAUUAAUAUUAAGUCAUGUCUAUUUCGACCAUUAUAUAGAGUCGAAAUGAUAGUUCUUUAAUUACCCCAUGUGGAAUCAUAUGAGUGGUCAGUUUAUUGAUUUAGGGAGUAAACUAGCCUAUGCUCAGAAACCAUUUCAUUUUUAUCAAGUAAUGUAAU